AUGAAAAAGUGCCGCUUGAAGUCCGCAUGUACCAGCACUGGCGCAGUAGUUAGGGCCAUCUUCAAGGACUCUACUGCCAGCUGUGCUCCUGGACUCAAGGAAAACUUCUUAUUUCCCGUCUUCUUCAAGGAUUCCGUGAGCGGGGCUGCCAACGUCGCGAAGUUCUUUAUAAACCGACGGUACCAACCCGCGGUUAUAAGAAAGGCUCUCACUUCCUUCAUGGUCCUUGGCUCAGGCAUCCGCCUAAUGGCUGCUACACGCCCUGGAUCCAUCCGCAGACGUCCUCCACCCACUAUGAAGCCGAGGCAUUCAGCGACUCGGCGAAGAUACUUCAUGUGCGUAUCAUGUCUGGCGCUAGUAUUACCAGGUCAUCCAAGUAGACAAACACAUUCGAGCGGAUCUCAGCUGGAAUUACUCGGUCCAUGA